AUGCAACCAGCAAAAGGAGAAAUGAUGGGUCCAUUUCUCUGCCUGUGGAUUGCAACUUUCUUUGGGGUGAGCCAGGGCUGCCCGGAGCCCUGCACUUGCAUAGAAAAAAAAUAUGGCCGCCAGCUAGCAGAAUGUGCUUACAGAGAUCUCCAGGCGGUCCCCGCAGGGCUGCCCUCCAACGUGACCACCCUCACCCUGUCUGCCAACAAGAUCACCUCCCUACAGCAGAGCUCCUUUCUGGAGGUCACCCAGGUACAGUCACUGUGGCUGGCUCACAAUGAAAUCUGCACCAUUGAGGAAGGCACCUUUGCCAGGCUGCUGCAUUUGAAAAACAUAGACCUCAGCCAUAACCAGCUUGCGGACUUCCCCUGGGGGGAUCUGUACAACCUCAGUGCCCUGCAGCUGCUGAAGAUGAACAACAACCAGCUUGUGAAGCUGCCCUGGGAGGCCUUCCACACCCUGAAAGACCUGAGGUCCCUGUGGAUCAAUGACAACAAGUUCACCACCAUCGCCCAGGGCACUUUUGAUGCCAUGAGUUCACUGUCCCAGUUGCAGAUCUACAACAACCCAUUGAACUGCACCUGCAGGCUCCUGUGGCUGAAGACCUGGGCUGAGAACACCCUGAUCUCCAUCCCCGAGAGGGACUCCAUCAGCUGUGCAGCCCCGGAAAGCCUCAGAGGCGUCCCCCUGGGGAAGAUCCCCGACCUGCAGUGUGCGCCUCCCUCUGUGCAGCUGACGUACCACCCCAACGUGGACAACACCAUGCUGUAUGAUGGGCUCAUGCUCAUGCUGCACUGCAGUGUCACGGGCAGCCCCCAGCCAGAGAUUAGGUGGGAGAUCCAGACCUCCAGCCAAGGAACAGAGAUAAAUGGGCCCAAAGUGGAAAGAGAUGGGAAUGACCUAUCUGCUGGGGGCUCCAAGCAGAGUGCAGAGAGCUUUCUGCUCUUCAAGAAUGGUACCCUGGUCAUCCCCAACUUCAGCAAGCAAGAGGAAGGGACCUACACCUGCCUGGCCACCAACGAGGUUGGUACUCGCGAGGUCUCAGUCAACGUGGCAUUGGCCAAUUCAGAGAACACAGCGGAACAUCUGCUCAGAAACCAUCUCGCAACCAGCAAGUUUGGAGCCAAACACUGCAACAAGGAAGCCCAAGCCAAUUCCUCCAAGGCUGGAGAAAAGCUUGUGAUCAUUUACCGUGUUCCUGCAGGGAUGGGGAGCAGUGAUGGAGGCACUCUUCUGGAGUCACAUCUCUGGGCUUGCAUGCUCUGUUUAGUCAUUUUCCUUUAUUGUUAA